CCGAGAUCUGAGGGAGACGACCGCACCUAUCAUUGUGCUUCGAUUUUGUGAAUAAUCGUUAUGAAAACUAUUGCAUAUUAUAUAUUUUGAUAAUUAAACCAAAUAAAAAUGAAAUAUAGCUUAGACUGUAUUUUAUGUUUUUUAUUGCUGGCACUGUUUUGUCGGUCACAAGCGAGAGAAGUACCAUCACCUCCGUAUAUCGUCAAACAACCGCCCACAGACGAAGUACUUUUCCAAGUCGAAUCGAACGGCGAAAAUGACAAACCAUUCUACAUCGAAUGCGAAGCCAUAGGAGAACCGGCCCCUAAAUACUACUGGAUCAAAAACGGCAAGCCCUUCACCUGGCAGACCUACGACGACAGGAUAUCCCAGCAAACGGGCCGGGGCACCCUCUCCAUCACCAAGCCGUCCGACGUCGACCUGGGCCAGUACCAAUGCUUCGCCGAGAACCAGUACGGCAUAGCCACCUCGAACUCCGUGUUCAUGCGCAAGGCCGAGCUCAACUCCUUCAAGACCACGCAGCCGUUGACGUUGACCGGUAACGAGGGCGAGCCCUUCAAGCUCACGUGCCAGCCGCCCGACGGUUGGCCGAAGCCGAUCGUGCACUGGAUCUACCUGUACAGCAACGGGGCGUUCAAGACCAUCAACAGCUCCAGGAUGACGCUCGACCCGGAGGGCAACCUCUGGUUCGCCUACCUGACCCAAGAGGACACCGUCAACAAUUUCAAGUACGCGUGCGCCGCGACGUCGCCCACGAAGUUCGAAUACAAGUACGGUAAUAUCGUGUUGCUGCAUGUGCUGUCCUCCGGAGUGUCCGCUCUGCAGAACAAGCACGAACCGGUGUUGCAGUACGUCACCAGGAAGAACGAGGUCGCUUACAGGGGUAAAAGGGCCGAGCUCUUCUGCAUAUUCGGUGGCACUCCUUUGCCUCAGACCGUGUGGAAGAAGGGCGGUCAAUUGGUACAAACAUCGGACCGAAUAACGACAGGGAAUUACGGGAAAUCCCUGAUUAUCAAAGUUAUCGAUUUCGACGACGAGGGCAGUUACACGUGCGACGUCAGCAACGGAGUCGGCGCGGCCAAAUCGUAUUCCAUCAACCUCAAAGUGUUCGCCGUUCCUUAUUUCAUUGAGGAGCCUCAAAGGGUCAACGCGGCCGAAGACGAGACCAUCGAGUUCCGAUGCUCGGCCGGAGGUAUGCCGGAGCCGCAAAUUAAAUGGAUACACAACGGGAAACCUAUCGAACAAGCUCCUUACAAUCCCAGGAGAAGCGUGGACACCAACAAAAUCACCAUCAGAGGUUUGACGAAGAACGAUACCGGAAAUUACGGUUGUAACGCGACCAACAGUUUAGGUUACGUGUACAAAGACGUAUACGUCAACGUUUUAGCUUUGCCGCCCGAAAUUACCGAGGCGCCAAGAGACACGCAAGCUGUGGACAAUCAGAACGUCACUUUGACGUGCAGAGUUCUCGGGGCUCCGAAACCGAACGUGAAAUGGAUCCAAAACGGCAGGGAACUCACCGGAGGAAAAUACGACGUCCAACGCAACGGCGAUUUGGUCAUAGCGGGCGUACAAUUCAACGACAAAGGCAAUUACACGUGCUACGCCGAAAAUAAAUUGGGAAAAACCAACGCCAGCGCGGUCUUGGACAUAAAAUCUCAUACUUACAUCACGGACGGUCCCGAAGACUACGAAGUAGAAGCCAGGACGCCGGCGACGUUUAGAUGUAACGCAGUGGCCGACGAAUCGCUGCACCUCGAGAUAAUAUGGUUGAAAGGCGACCAGCCCAUCGACUUCGAAAGCGAACCGCGUUUCGUCAAAUCCUCCGAUUACUCGUUGACCAUUACGAAGACUCACGAAUUGGACACGGGAUUGUACACGUGCUUGGCCCGCACCGAAUUGGACGAGGCCUCCGCGAAAGCGCAGCUCACCGUGCAGGACAUCCCGAAUCCGCCGGUCAUACUGAGCAUGAAAUGCAACACGAAAGACGCCACGAUCGAGUGGAAGGCCACCGGAGACAACAGAGCGACCAUUAAUUAUUUCAUCAUUCAGUAUAACACUAGUUUUAUACCGGAGGAAUGGAAGGAUUUCCGAAACGUACCGUCGGCUGACAGUACUUACAACGUCCCUUUGAAGCCUUGGGCCAAUUAUACGUUUAGAGUUAUUGCUGUUAAUAAAAUUGGACAAUCGAAGCCUUCUUCGCAUUCGGAAGUUUGUUCUACGGAACCAGAGGUACCGCACAAAAAUCCCGAAAACGUGAAAGGCGAAGGAGACCGACCCGAUAAUUUAGUGAUAUCCUGGACGCCUAUGCCCCAAAUCGAGCACGGCGGACCCGGCUUCAAAUAUCGCAUCGGAUGGAAACGAGCAAUCGACGGCAUAGAUUACGAAUACAAAGACAUUUACGAUUACAAACAGGACAGAUACGUGGUGCCCAAUCAGCCCUCCUACAAGGAGUACAAAAUCGUCGUAAUGGCGGCUAAUGAAAUAGGUAACGCGAACGUGGCGCCGCAAGAAGUGAUCGGCUAUUCGGGCGAGAGCGAACCAGAGAAAGCUCCCACUAAUUUCACGUUGUUAGCCAUCCAAGGGCCGACGAUAGCGUUGUUGAGUUGGGACCCGGUACCCAUCGAAUCCGUCAGGGGCCACUUCAAAGGCUACAAGAUCAAAACGUGGAGCGAAACGUCUCUGAUCGCCAAAGAGAUCCAAGUGCAAGGCGGCAACUCCAAAGCGCUGGUAUCGAAUUUCGACCCUUACACGCAAAAUUACGCGCAAGUGUACGUGUUCAACGAGAAAUACAACGGCCCGCCGAGCCUGACGCUCAAGUUCGACACGCCCGAAGGCAAGCCGGGCGAAAUGCAGGACCUGGAAGCCUACCCGCUCGGCUCCACGGGCUUCAUGCUGAAAUGGGAGAAACCGGACAAACCGAACGGCAUACUCACCGGCUACAACAUCUACUGGUCCAAAGUCGAUCCCUUCAUGAAGGUCGACGAGCCGAAUCCCCGCAAGCCCCAGAUCACCGAUCCCAACUUGAAGCGCGCCAAGCUCGGCGGCCUCGCCCCCGGCACCAAGUACCGCAUCUACAUAGCGGCCACAACGAAAGCGGGCGAAUCGAAGCGGUACUUCAUCGAACGAACGACGCGCCAACAGGGCAACCACAAGCCAUCGAAACCGACGUUCGAAUGGUACAUCGUCAAACCGGGCCCGCCCAGCUCCAUCAGAGUCCACUGGCUGCCGGCCGAGGACGGUCGCGGCGGCACGCACUUCUUCGUCAAGUACCGCAAGCAGGGCGAAUCGAGCUGGGAGCACUCGCGCCACGAGAAGAACGAAGAUUGGAUCGUCGUGUCCGGCUUGGAGGAUUCCACGACGUACGAAUUCAUGGUGACGUCCGUCGACGGGCCCAGCUCGCAAUUCUACACCGACAGCGACGUGCAGGAGGUGAACACCUACGACAUCGAGGGGCCCAUCAUCAAGGCGAAGGAGAACGUCGCCACGGCCGGCUGGUUCAUCGGCAUGAUGCUCGCCAUAGCUUUCUUGCUGCUGGUGUUGAUUAUCGUUUGCAUCGUGAAGAGGAACCGCGGCGGGAAGUACGCGGUGCACGAAAGGGAGCAGGCCAACGGCAGGCACGAUUAUCCCGACGAAGGAGGUUUCCACGAAUAUUCGCAACCAUUGGACAAUAAAUCGCACGGCCGUGCUUCCAUGAGCAGCGAUCACAAACAAGGACCUGAGAGCGAUACAGAUUCAAUGGCGGAAUACGGCGAUGGUGACACAGGUCGAUUUACCGAGGAUGGAUCGUUCAUAGGACAGUACGUGCCCAGCAAUAUGAAGCAACUAGGUAUGGCUUCGGCCGCGCAGGGAUCGAACAAUAACCCAAUGGGCACUUACGUUUAGGUGAAUCGUGAAUGUGAAUUAGCUUUUAUGUGUUGCAACUCCUUUGAAAACAAACUCUCUCGAAUCUAUUGUAAAAUUCAAUCUACCGAGUUAAAUGCCAUUAGAAAUGUGUUCUUUUGUCGCGAACAAACGCCACGGUUUUUUUAUAUUGAUUUCGUCCAUAUCAAUAAGCUCUAAUUACUGUCAUAAUCAAAAUAACCGAUAUGUGUAUAAUGUAGUAGUGUUAGGGAAUUAUUUCGUUGAAAAUCGUUUGUAGCGUUUAUACAGGAUAUUCCAAUGGUUUCUAAUUGACAGUAAAAUCCACGUAAGCGGAAUUAAUUGCUCAUUAUUUAACAACUCUAUUGACCAAAAAGUAUUCUCCGACUUAUGAUUAAUUGGAUUUUACUGUACCUGCUUUCGUUAUUCAAUUCUCAUUUGAUAAGACUAAAUAUGUAUAUUUUUUUAUUUUUAUAUAAUUAAUUUCGAUCAAGGAAACGGUGUAUUCUGUAUAUUUAAACUCCUGUUCAAAAUUAAAGCGCUACUUUAUUAUUAUCAUUAUUUUUGGUGCUCUAAUUUCGAACAGGAGUGUAGAUACUCGAACCAGAAAUAAUGUAGAGUUUAUUAACAUUAAGAUAUGAGCUCUGAAUCAUUUCCGGUCUUUUGAGUACUAUAAUUUAAAUUAUUAUUAGACAUAUGGACGGCAGCAGGAUAAUUGAAACAUCGGUAAUUCUCCUGUUCCUUCCUGUGAGUGCCACAAUUUAUCUAGUGGUAGCUUAAUUGUAUUAAUACUGUCCUUUUUAUAUUUUCCCGACACUGCCUUAUUUUACGGAAUUUAGUUAAGAGUUGACUAUUUUCUAAAUUUUAUUCAUUGAGUAGUUGUUUUUUGAACUGGAACUUAAGCAUCACACAGGUGCGCAUAAUUACCGGGCUUUAUUUUUUUUUCGUUAGCAGUACGUUAGCAGGGUAAUACACAUAAAAAAUGGUUCUUAUAUUACAUUCGCGUUAAUCUGGCAAUGAUGUCACGAUUACUUAAUCAUAUAAUCAUCAAAUGUGAAUGUGAUUUACUUAGAAACAUCGUAAUAUUUAGGUUUAUGAUAUCAUGGAAUCGGAUAUUAUUCGAAGUUGGAUUUAAAAGUGUUAAACUCUGAAUAAUUUUUGGUUCAAGUGCGGAUUAGCGCGAUGAAAAGUCUACAUACAAUAGCCCAACUUGUUUUCGUUAUAAAAUUCUAAUUCUAUUAGUAAGUAGUGACUCUUUAAUAUUACAUUUGAUGACUUUCUUCGUCGAGAAGAAGUAAAGUUAUUUGUUUGAUGCAGGAUAAUAUAUCGCAAAGUACUAUUCGAAUCUUCCGAAAAUCGUUCGCUGGAAGUGCAAAGCUUCUGCUUCCUAGACUUGAAAUACAAUUGUGUUCUAUUUUCUGAUAUAUUAUCGUAUGCUGUGUAUUUAACAGGGUUUUUCUGUUGUUAUCCGACCGAUCAGACGUUUGUUUUAGACACCGAUAAAGUCUAAAAGAUCAUAAUGAUACUCCGAUUUUUUAUUUUCAAUUGACAAAGGUCUGAUUGGACUUUAUGAUGAUCCUGUACGUACCUAUACAUAAGUAUGUAUGUCUGUAUGAUUGAAUGUAUUUCUAGAUAAUAAUGUAGUAAUUCUGACUAUUUUGCUGAAAAUUUACGGCUUUUGCGGCCAAAAUUUACAUUGUAAAUCAAUAGAAUCUAUUGAUUUGAUUGUAAAUUUUUCUGAAUGCAGUAAAGAUUUGUCUUAUUUUCAAAUGAUGUCCGUAAUGGCCACUUUUUUUGUUUUUCACUCAGCGUUAAUGGAAGAAACAGUCAAUUAAAUUACAACCCGAUAACGCUGGUUAUUUGAUUUAAGACAAAUUCUAUCCGUUUGCGACACUGACGUAAUAUUUUACAAAUAAUUUUGACGUCGUCAAAAUGCCAGUUUUUGUAAAACAUCAGAAAUGAGGACAAUAUCAAAUCCAUUGACAAUAAAAGCGUUAUUAUUGCACAAAAACUGUAGCUACUUUUACAGUACAUGUGAUGUACAUCUAAUCGUAGAUACUCGCUCUCUAGUUUUUCUCGUGAAACAAAAUUCGUUUAUAGGCAAAAGGCGCUGCAAUCGGUUGUAAUAAGGUUCGUUUCUGCACCCGUUUCUGACUGUUUUCCAAACGAUUGCGCUUGCUUGGCUCAGCUCAUUUCAACAAGCCAAUGAGAGUAGAACGAGUACAAAAACUGACCUGAUGCUUAAAUGAAUUUAAGUGUAAUUACUGUGUCUCAGUGUCGCAAUGGUUCGUUUGAAUGUAUUUAAUAAUUGUCGUAAAUUGCGAGUGGAGAAUGAAACAGGCGGUGCUAAUAUUAUCGUGUUAAUUUUGGGCAAUUUAUUGCUUGUUGUGUUUAAGAAGAAUCUCUCAUUUUGCAGCUGAACGUUCUUAUUAUUUCUGGGACUAUUUCGACAUUUAAUGGAUAAUGGCUUCUUUCCGUGCGUGUGAAAUAUAAAGGGAUAUUUUGUAAGCACUCUACUUUUUUUUAUAUGUAUGUAUUUGCAAAAUUGCAGGAAUAUUGCUUUGCACUGUUGUUGGUUAGGUAAUAUAUUUUAAUAUAUUUAUAAUUAACAAACAUUUAACAUUAUAACUGCGUUGCUAGUUAUCGGCUAAAAUUAAUUAUAUUUUUUGUACAAAUAAAAGUUAACGAGAUCUGUAUCAAGCAGCUGAAAGUUGUAUGUGUAUGUAUAUAUAGAGUGUCUCCAAAGGUCCAUUAUGUACUCUUUUUUUUUUCUUAACUAUAUUAUUUAAUAAUAUUUAUAUAUUUUGUACGUUUAUUAUUAUUCAGGAAUCCACCUUAAUGAAACCUGUUACAUUCCGACUAUAAUUUUGCGUGGAUAAAAAAAUGUAGAAAAAUACAAACGGCUUUUGGAAACACCCCUGUAUAUUGUAUUUAUAUUGUCUAAUUUUUUUUGCUUUAUUCUCAACACUACCAACUAAUUUGGUUAAUUUUCGUUUUUCAAGUUUACAUAUAGUGAUUUAGGCAACUAUUUUUUCGCCAUAAAACUGGAAAUGGUUGAUAUUUAGUUGUAGAUUUUUUAUACAAAACUGAUUUGAAAAAUAUUGAAAAUUGUCAUAUUUUUUGCACAAUAAAAUAUUAUUAAAAA